GUAGGAAAGAAGAAGAAUAUAUUUUUUCUUCAAAAGUAUGUCUUUGAAACAGAUUUCUUGAACGCAGCAAAAUUCAACAUUUGAAAUUGUAAAUAUAGUUGAAAACGCUCAAGGCCAGACCCAAAUCACCUGCAAAUCAUGAACGUGAGAAGCUUCAGUAUGCUGCAAAUGCUAAAAAAUUCUUGGCGCACAUUUCCACGGCGCUUCGCCACAAAAGUAACCACUGUCGGUGGUGAUGAAAUUGGCAGUGGUACCGGAAUUGGUCAAAUCACCGGGCGCGUGCGAAGCAAAGACGGUGGCCCGCACAAGGUAAAUAAGCCAUCCAAAGAAAUUGUUACGCAUCUGCCGCCACUAACCGAACCGCUGCCAAACUUGCCGGAGGCCAUUUAUGCAAACCCGUUGGUUGAGAGCGCCUCCACAAAGGUUACAACAUUAAUUAAUGGUCUGCGCAUUGCCUCGGAGCCGCGUUAUGGACAAUUCUGUACUGUGGGUCUGGUGCUGGACUCUGGACCACGCUACGAAGUAGCGUACCCUAGUGGCGUAUCACAUUUUCUUGAGAAGCUUGCGUUCAAUUCAACAGUUAACUUUCCUAACAAGGAUGCAAUACUCAAAGAGUUGGAAAAGAACGGCGGUAUUUGUGAUUGCCAAAGUUCCCGAGAUACCCUUAUAUAUGCGGCCAGCAUUGACAGCCGUGCUCUUGAGUCCGUUACACGUUUGCUGGCUGAUGUAACUUUGCGGCCCACGCUAAGCGAACAAGAAGUCAACUUAGCGCGUCGUGCUGUCAGCUUUGAGUUGGAGACGCUCGGAAUGCGACCCGAGCAGGAACCAAUACUCAUGGACAUGAUUCACGCUGCCGCUUACAGAGACAAUACACUAGGAUUACCAAAACUAUGCCCGCCACAGAAUCUAGACAGCAUUGAUCGCAACGUCUUAAUGAACUAUUUAAAAUAUCAUCACUCUCCGGAUCGCAUGGUCAUUGCUGGUGUUGGCGUGGAUCACGAAGAGCUGGUGGAGCACGUAAGAAAAUACUUUGUCGAAAAUGAAGCAAUUUGGAUGAAUGAAGAAUUGACAAACGUGGCUCCCAAUCAAGUGGACACGUCAGUAGCACAGUACACGGGCGGCAUAGUUAAAGAGCAUUGCGAAAUUCCCAUUUAUGCGGCAGCUGGGCUGCCUGAACUGGCGCACGUUGUACUCGGCUUUGAGGGCUGUUCCCAUCAAGAUUCGGACUUUGUGCCAUUGUGCGUGCUCAACAUUAUGAUGGGCGGCGGUGGUUCAUUCUCCGCCGGUGGCCCUGGCAAGGGCAUGUACUCACGUCUAUACACGAAAGUCUUAAACCGUUACCAUUGGAUGUACAGUGCCACAGCGUAUAAUCAUGCCUAUGUGGACACUGGACUUUUCUGUAUACACGGCAGUGCGCCACCACAGCACAUGCGCGACAUGGUCGAGGUGCUCACGCGUGAACUUAUGAACAUGAGCGCCGAGCCCGGCAACGAAGAAUUAAUGCGUUCCAAAAUCCAACUGCAGUCUAUGCUGUUGAUGAAUCUGGAGUCCAGGCCAGUUGUGUUCGAAGAUGUGGGCCGCCAAGUGCUGGUCACGGGUUAUCGCAAGCGCCCCGAACACUUCAUAAAGGAGAUUGAAAAAGUAACAGCUGCCGACAUUCAACGCGUGGCACAAAGACUGCUCGGCUCAGUACCGUCAGUAGCUGCGCGCGGAGACAUUCAGAAUUUGCCUGAGAUGACAGACAUAACAAGCGCACUCAAUAGCAGCGGGCGCUCGCUUGGUCGCCGUUUAUCGCUCUUUAAGUAAAGCUAAGCUACCCGAAUUAAUACGUUGUUGAAUUCGUAUUGCAUUUUGUACCAUAGCCAUUCAAAUCUAUUUGAUUUUGUUAAAA